AUGAGUGGGGGUGGGGUGAAUGUGGAGGAAAACUUGAACCGGCUGGACGAACAUCAUAUAGCGGCACACUUAUUUCAUAAGCCCACACGUGUUCUUACUCCUCAUGGCACGCUCGUAGAUGUAUUCAUGUUAGAGCCUAGGGAUCCAACGAUGGAAAUUAGGCGGGAGAGGCUCGACCCUUAUUUGAGACGUACCGGAUUUUAUCAUGCCUCUUUGAUCAAGCAUUUCGAGUACGACAAUCCACUUAUCAUUGCCUUUGUGGAAUGGUGGCGUCUUGAGACGCACACAUUUCAUCUCCCUUGGGGUGAGUGUACUAUAACUCUGGAGGAUGUAGCCAUGCAGCUAGGGCUACCUAUAGACGGACAGCCUGUUAGCGGUACGUUGAGGUCAUGGAGUAAGUUUCAUCAGAGAGAUAUUUGGGAAUGGUGUCAUGAACUUCUAGGUGAGGUUCCCCCCGGCCACGUAGGGACAACGAAGUACAACAUCAAGUUGAAGUGGCUGAGAACUCGUCUUCAGCAGAUGCCGCUUGAGUUAGAUGAUAAUGGUCGCAUGCAGUAUGCACGGUGUUACAUACUUUACUUGUUGGGAGGCGUGCUUCUCCCGGACAAGGCCAACAACACAGUCCAUGUACGAUAUCUGCCAUUAUUGGCUGACUUUGAUGCCAUUGGUACCUACAGUUGGGGUAGUGCCGUCCUCUGUUGGUUAUAUCGUUCUAUGUGCCUAGCAACAGAAUACAGUGUUGAGGGUAUGGCCGGGUGUCAUACGUUGCUCAUGUCGUGGAUUUACUACAGAUUACCGUUCUGGGCCCCGAAUGUUACAACACCCUUUAGUUUUCCUUUGGCCACGAGGUGGGCAGGGAAAAAAGGACAGAAUGACUAUGCUGAGUAA